AGUUAAAACGCCUCAUCAAAUCAGUUAACUCAAAUCAAAAAGAAAAAGAUGAUGAAGGUUAAAGUUUCAGUAGCAGUAGCAAUUGCUUUGAUCUCGUGCAUGGUGUUAGGCAGCCAUGCACAGGACUCCCCCCAAGAUUUCCUGAGCGCCCAUAACGCAGCUCGUGCAGCCGUCAGCGCUGCUCUUCCGCCUCUCACUUGGGACACCACUGUCGCCGGCAUCGCGCAGAACUACGCCAACCAACGCAAAGCUGACUGCGCUUUGCGACACUCCGGUGGUCCUUACGGCGAGAACAUUGCAUGGGGCAGCGCCAACUUGUCCGGCAUGGACGCUGUCAACAUGUGGGUUGCGGAGAAAGCUAAUUAUGAUUAUAAUUCAAAUACAUGCGCUCCUGGAAAAGUUUGUGGGCAUUAUACUCAAGUUGUGUGGAAAAACUCGGUUCGUUUAGGGUGUGCAAAAGUGACGUGCAACAAUGGUGGAACUUUCAUCACUUGCAACUAUGAUCCUCCAGGCAACUUUAUUGGCCAGAAGCCUUACUAACCUACCAUUCCUAUCUAUAUAUUAUCAAUAAAAGUUUCCCAAUAAUCCAGAGAUAAAUAUUAGUUAUAUAGAUAUGCAUAUAAUAUUCUCAAAUAAUUACAUAAAGACGAGUGCUUUGUUCUUACGCCCUCCUUUGAUAACAUCUAAUUAGUGAAAUGAAUCAGUAGUUUGCAUCUUGUUUAA